UACCUUGGUCCUCAUGAGAAGCGCUCAAACCGCUAACCGACUGAUUGGGAGGUUUUUGGUGGACGACAACACGAUCACGGUUACUGUCGGCACUAGGGCACCUGUCCACACCGUCAGCGAGAAAUUCCUCAGUGUUACCAUGGAUACGUUUGAAAUCCAUGUUCAUUUGAGGGACUUCCACCCCAGCUCCCAAAAAUUUCGAAAUUUAGCCAAAGGCUUAUCUCCAGCCUAUUGGCGAAUCGGUGGAACUUAUGCCGACCGACUGUUCUUUCGGAACGCUCCCCUGGGUGGGGUGGCCAUGUCAGAAGAGGAAUUUGAUUCAAUUAACAAAUUUUGUCGAGAUGUCGGUUGGGAGAUGAUUUUUGAUCUGAAUUUGCUGAACAGAAAAAAUGGCGUAUGGGAUUCAACAGAUGCCGAGUCGUUGCUAAGAUACGCUGCUAAUAAAGGCUACAAGCUCAACUUUGAACUCGGAAAUGAGCCGGAGUUGUAUUUUCGUGUAAACAAGAAGGUAGAUCCGGUCCAGCUAGGACGGGAUUACGUCAAACUUCGUCAUCUAAUGAACUCCAUUCCACCAUAUGACCAGAGAUUACUAGUUGGGCCAGCCCUGAUAGCCAGUUUCCAUCCGGACUUUGUUCAAAAAUUUAUGUCAACGGGAUCGUCCUCCAUUGACGCCUUAACAGUGCACCACUACUACACUGGAGGGCCAAAUGCCACAGAAGAAGAAUUCCUGUCAGCUCAUCGAAUGGACAGUUUGUUGUACACGCUGAAUCCCGCUGCAGACGCCAUGGCCAAAUAUUCGAAACGGUCCAACUUGGUGUGGCUGGCCGAGACCAGUUCCAGGUCUGGGGGUGGGGCACCAGGCCUGUCCGAGUCCUUCAUUGCCGGAUUCCUGUGGUUGGAUAAACUGGGACUUUCAGCCACAAAAGGUGUUGAUAUGGUUGCCAGACAAACCUUGCUCGGAGGUCAUUACGGUUUACUAACUAUCCAGGGAGAACCGUUACCUGAUUACUGGCUUUCGCUGCUGUUCAAACGAUUGGUGGGAAGGAGAGUACUGCAUGUUACAUCAAGCGACAACAAUAGACGAAUCAGAAUAUACGCUCAUUGCUCUGCCAAUGACUUAACGUUCUUCUACCAAAACAUGCAAAAUGGCGAAGUGAGAUUAGCCAUUCCACAGUUCUCACAGCGGAGUUACCAGCUCUACACGUUAACGGCUGGAGGCAACGGAGCACUCACCUCCAAAACUGUGAAGUUAAACGGUCAUGAGCUUCACAUGAACGGUGACCAUCUCCCCGACCUUCGUCCAACCGUGUCUACCACAUGGCCUGUUAAAGUACCAAGCUACUCGUUCGGUUUCUUGGUGUUUAAACACCCUAAUGUUGCUGCCUGUCACUAA